AUGAAGAAUAAUGAAGUUAAAGAAAGGAAUUGGUUCGUCUAUUCGGAAAGCAAAGGCUCCGUAUUAUGUGGACCCUGUUUGGCCUUUGGAUCUUUUGCGAACAGGACACGGUUUGACGAGGAAGGAUUCAAUGAUUGGAAGAAUGCAGAAGUUCGAGUAUCUCAACACCAAAACUCUCUAAAUCAUAAAUCCUGCAUUCUCGCUUUAAGAGCUAGGGGUAUGAUUCACGGCAAUAUCCAAUCUUCCUUAACUGCCCAACUUAACGAAGAAAUUUCUUACUGGAAGAACAUUUUAAAGAGGGUUGUUGCUGUAAUAAAAGGAUUAGCUUCUAGAGGUCUCGGUUUUAGAGGAAGUAAUGAAAAAUUUGGUGACCAGCACAGUGGAAAUUACAUUAUGCUUCUAGAAUUAAUAGCAGAGUUUGACCCAUUACUAACCAAACACAUUGAAAGAUAUGCAAACCAGGGAUCAGGAACAACUAGCUACCUUUCGAAAACUAUCUGCUACGAAUUCAUUUAUUUAAUGGCUGAAAAAGUACUGAUAUACAUCAGUGAUGAGAUAAAAAAAGCAAAGUACUUUUCUUUGAUUGUGGAUUCUACACCGGAUGCAGCACAUAUAGAUCAGCUAACACUUGUGAUUCGAUAUGUCUUAGAUAACGGAGAACCAU